AAUCAAAACAGGAAGUAAAAGAAUAGGAGUCUACUUCCUCCUGGUUUCAACCAAAACAUUUGCUUGGUGCGUAAUGGAUGAGUCUGCGCGUUGAGGCGCACGUCUCCACAGGGCACAGACUCCAGCCUCCUCGGACCAUGCUGCAGCUCAACGACUCUGUGGAGCCAGGGAGUCCCGGCGCCGCGGUGCUCCACCCUGCGGACACCGAAGAGGGGGUGGAAGUCGCCUUCACGCCGCCCCCAGAGGCCGGAGCUGCUCACAGCUUCGCCCGAGCUGCCUCGGUGGCCUGCUGUCCCCCGCUCCAAACGCUCAAGCCUUUCCAUGUUCACAACCCCACGAUGCAAGCCAAAGUCAAGGACUACUUUGUGUUCAGGCCAGGAACCAUCGAGCAGGCGGUGAGCGACAUCCGGACCGUGGCUCUGCCCUCAGAGGACGGGGAGGUGCAGAGCGUGUGGCUGCUGGCUGAGGUUGAUCACUGGAACAAUGACAAAGAGAGACUUGUUCUCAUCACUGACAGGUCUCUUCUGGUCUGUAAAUACGACUUCAUCAACCUGUUGUGUCAGCAAGUGAUCCGAAUCUCCCUAAACGCAGUGGACACAAUUUCCAUCGGAGAGUUUGAAUUCCCACCAAAAUCUCUCAGCAAGAGAGAAGGGUACGGAGUGCGUGUGCAGUGGGAUAAGCGACCUCGAGCCUCCUUCUUAAACCGCUGGAACCCCUGGUCUACAGACAUGCCCUACGCCACCUUCACCGAGCACCCUAUGGCCCGCGCUGAUGAGAAGGUGGCUUCACUCUGCCAGUUGGAUAACUUCCGUGGCCAGCUGGUCCAGGCAGUGAAGAGGGCACACAAGGAGAACCCAAUCCCCGGCCGGGCUAACGGGGUCCUGAUCCUGGAGCGACCACUGCUCAUCGAGACCUACGUGGGCCUUAUGUCCUUCAUCAACAAUGAGGCCAAACUGGGUUACUCCAUGACCCGCGGCAAGAUCGGCUUUUAAGCACAGCAGCACACCCUGUCUGUGUUCAGGUUAAGCAAUAGUCUCCAUGGAGAGUUAUUGCUUUCCCUGGAACAUUACACAGUAUGGCCAUAAACUGUAUUUCCAUGAAGAUGAGCAGGUGAAGCUGUCAGGCCAAGUUAAAGGUUAGGUCUGUGUAAAGGCAAGCCCGCUCACAGUAAGAAUGAAUGUUUUUCAAGUUAUUUCUUAGCAAUGCAAACACCCGCAACUGAAUAAAUGCCAGAGAGAUACCUUUAAUGCCAUACUGAGGAACAUUCCAGGGAAAGCAAUAACAUCUCCUUUGAGACAAGCAGGUGGGAGUCCCUCCACCAGAAAAGUUAUGUAUUGCUUCUUUAAUUCUGUGUUAGGGAUUGCUUCACGGAUUUGCUAUUACAAGAGUCUAAACUCUGAGUCUGUUACUAUGGUUACCGAACUCUGUGAAGAUUCUAGGGGCAGGAACACAGCAACAUUCAGAAUUCUUUUUACUUUAUAUGCUGUGUUUAUGUGGUCCUCGGGAAUUUCGGAAAUAGAUCUGCUAAACUGGGCAGUACCUGGAGGACUAAAGUGUGAGGGGAGGAGGGGUGAGUCUGAAGGUAUAAGGAACAGUGUGACUGGUCAAAGUAUCCAUACUUCAAGCAUGGCCCCUAGAGCCAGGUGUUUGUAAUCAGGGCAGUCCUGCAUGAUGUCACAAACUACCUGAAAUAGCCACUGGAGCCAGGACACACCCAUUUUUAUACAUUUCUGACCACAAAGCUGCACAUGUACCUAGUUUGCACUUCAAUUGCCAAAAAAAGGAUGGGGAAUAGUAGAUAAUUCUGGUAAAACACCAUAUACAGUUACAGAAGCAAAACAAAAAAAAAGUUGUUCUAGUGUUUAGUUCCACUUUGACUAAACAUUACUAUACAUUUACUGGUUUAUGGCAUGGAUCUAUAAUACUUCAGUUUUACUGUCAAUUGUCCAAGAGCAACAGAUUUGCACAGGAAAGAGUUUAGUUUAGCUAGCUGGUUAAUGUUACACCUGUAUUAAAGUAAACAAUUAACAUCUAGCUUUUGAGAAGACUAACAACAACAAAUCUUACAGGUUAGCUCUAUUAAAUGUUAUUAUAAGUGAAUGACGCAUGCAUGUGCAUGCAAACAGACAUCUCAUCCUGGAAUCUCAAGGACCACAUGAAUGCAGCAAUAGUUGAGGUUAUCUGUCAAAUUCUUUUAACAUUUCUAAAUAAAUUGAAUAUUUUUUCUUAUUUGUAUAUGUAGCCUAUGGUCAUUUAUAUUGUAUUAAUUUAUUAUUAAAAUACUUAAUUUCAGAUUACAAGACAUAAAAUGUCUACAGUACAAUGUGGAAUAUUCUGCUCAUAGAUGGUGGAAGAGACAAGUCAGAAGCCAGUGGUGAGAGAGUGCAUGAAAUGGUCAGUCUUGUUCAGUUUUAGGCAUUCAUAAUGACCGUGGCCGUCUGCCUAAGUAAAGAAAACUCAGGGGUCUAGUCCCAUUAUGAGGUUGAACAAAACGGCUUGGACAUGAUAAUAGUUAUGUUAUAGAUUUUAAUUGUGUAUAAAUAUUAGAUGAUGGGAACUUAAUGCUGACAUCCACAUCUGCUUCUAAAAGUUUAAAAUUGUACAAAUUUUUACACAUGGAAUUUUGCUUAUUUGCCGAAUUACCUACCCUCCCCAAGGCAUUUCAAUGGAUAUCCAUCUUCCACUUCUCCAGGACAGCAGUUUAAGCAGGGACUCCUAGACGUUCCUCACUGCAGACUCUUCCUUCAGCUCCUCUGAGGAAAUCCCAAGGCGUUCACAGAGCAGUUCCUCUAGUCUAGUCCAAGCUUCUCAAACUAAUUUGACACUGUUAGUGGAUAAGGUGUUGUUGUCUUUUCUUUUUCUUAUUUAAUUUUAUUUUUUUAUUUUUUUUGCAAGUGCCAACAACACAAUCAACAGUAAUUAGAAAAAUAGAUUAUAUUAUAUGUAAGAUGUCUUGAGAGGCAAAAUAACCCCAAAAAUUCUUAUGUGAAAUGAAUUUAUGUCUCACUUCAUGUUGCUAUGUUUGUAAUACUACUACUUGUGGGUUGUGGUACUAUGGGUGCCUGUGUGUAUUGUACCCCAGCCUGAAAAUUUAAAUAUUGAAUUUUAUGCAACCAAAGGAUUUUUUCAUGUUGUUGAUGCUAUGUCAAUGGAUGUAUCCUGCAUGGGGUGACUGCACUGCAUGCAUGUGCACUUUUGUAUGUCUAUUAUUUUAGUGUAAUUAAAACUACACUUAUGGUUAUGUUUAAAUAGCUAUGUAUUGUAUUAAAAGUAUGUUGACGUUUUUGUUGCCUAGUUUUUGGAUAAUAAAUGCUUACAUUCUUGGGUCCUA